CUUUUUCCCAGAUCGAGCUUCAUUCUUCUCUUCUUCUUCCUCCAAACAAAACCUUUACGCGGAGCUCUAUCGAUGAAAUCAACGCAACAAGAACUAGAAUAAAAAAAAUGAAGAAACCUCAUUUCUUGAAGAAUCCAGUGUUUUUCUUAUUUCUUCUCAUCACUGCUUCUUCCUUAACUAUACUCAUCUUCUCCUUUCUUAAAUUACCUGAAACAACUCCCGUCACCGGUAACCACCAUCUUCGCAAACUCGGAGACGACAUAUCCGACGAACUCGGUUUCUUCGGGAAGAUGAUGAUCGAAAUGCUACCUGAAGAUCUGGUUUUCACAGCCUUCGUACCGUCGGAAAAAUCAUUCAGCCGAGAUCUAGGGCUGAAAUUAAACAGUAGCCGUCCGAUUAAAUCCCAAGAAGACGACGACGGAGAUAACACAUACGCCGUCGUAUCGAGGAUCAUGAGUUUCGCGGUGGUUCCUUACAAAGUAGAAGAAGUAGACUUAGGGAAAGACGAAACGGCGUCGUAUGAGUCGUUGAGUGGUUUCACACUUAAGAUUUGGAAAAAGAGAAAUGGUGGUGGAUUAGUCGUUAAUGGCGUUGAAUCUGAGAAGAUGGGAUUAAAGAGAGGUAAAAUCAUCGUGCACAUAAUGAAUGGUGUUAUGGGAGGAGGAGAAGUUAGUAAAGAGAUGGGAGCUUGUUCAUUAGCGUAUCGUCGUGGAGAUCAGAAAUUACGAAAGUUCGUGACGGCGAGGAGUACUAAAUUUCUUCUAUUUUGUUGCAUCGCUUUCGUUUUGGUCACAAUCGUUUGCCGAUCUUCUCGUCCUUGGGUUAACAGUUCAAUCGCCGUCGCAGAUCGGAUCUCCGGAUCAAGGAAAGGUUAUACACUUCUGAUGAACACAUGGAAGAGAUAUGAUCUCUUAAAGAAGUCUGUUUCCCACUAUGCAUCAUGUUCUAGGCUUGACUCUAUUCACAUUGUAUGGAGUGAACCUAACCCUCCAUCAGAUUCUCUUAAAAAGUAUCUUCAAAACGUUCUGAAGAAAAAAUCGCGAGAUGGGCAUGAGGUUGAGCUGAGAUUUGAUAUUAACAAAGAAGACAGUUUGAACAACAGAUUUAAAGAAAUUAAAGACUUGAAAACAGACGCUGUCUUCUCAAUUGAUGAUGAUAUCAUAUUUCCUUGUCAUACGGUAGAUUUUGCAUUCAACGUUUGGGAGAGUGCUCCUGAUACUAUGGUGGGGUUUGUACCCCGUGUGCAUUGGCCUGAAAAAUCGAAUGAUAAAGCCAAUUACUACACCUACAGCGGAUGGUGGUCUGUUUGGUGGAGUGGUACAUAUAGCAUGGUACUCUCAAAGGCAGCCUUCUUCCACAAAAAGUACCUCAGCCUUUACACAAAUAGCAUGCCGGCAUCAAUCAGGGAAUUCACAACCAAGAACAGGAACUGUGAAGAUAUUGCAAUGUCAUUCCUCGUCGCAAAUGCUACAAACGCUCCUGCUAUAUGGGUUAAAGGUAAAAUAUAUGAAAUCGGUUCAACUGGAAUUAGUAGCAUAGGAGGGCAUACAGAGAAAAGAACGCACUGCGUUAAUCGGUUUGUGCAAGAAUUUGGGAAAAUGCCACUUGUAUACACUUCCAUGAAAGCCGUGGAUUGCCGCAAUUUAUGGUUCUGGUGAUUGCUGCUUUCACAUGGCGGUACAUUUCCGCUUUUCUCUUCCACUGGUUACUACUACUCUUCACGUUCUAGCUAUUGACAGGUUUGGCGCCAAGUAAGUGUUAAAACAGAGAACUGACUUACUUUUACGGUAAGAGAGAAGAUAGAGAGCGAGAGUUUGUAAUUGGUGGCUUAUGGGGUUUCUCGUAGAAGCUUACAAAGAGAUAUAGUAGUAGUAGCCUAGUGCAUGAUGUACCCUCAUUGUACCUUUUGUAACAUUGUUGUAACUUGUAACAUCUCAUGUUGUGAAAAUAUUGUUUUGUGCUAAAAAAGAAUGAGUUAUAUA